AUGAACAUUUUUUCAGGGAAAAAAUAGUUAUCAGAUGUGAUACUUGGUUAUAGAAAGCCAAAUACUAAUCAUAGACAAUUUCUUAAUUAGAUUUUAGCAGAAUCUAAAUAAGAACUCUAAAGCAAGGAUUUUAAGGAUAAGGCUACAGCAGCAUAAAAGCUAUUAUUCUUGUUCAAUGAGGGAAUUGAUAUCAGCUGGGCAACCUUUAACAUUAUUGAGCUUAUGGGCUCUGGGUAAUUCGAUAAUAAGAGAAUCGGCUAUGUUUUAAUUCCCAUAGUGCUAAAGGAUGGCAAAAAUUAGGACUUCUUAACAUUACUACCCAAUCUCUUUCGAAAAGACUUCAAAGAUAUGGGAGCAGAUCCAUUUACAGUAUCAAUAUCGAUAAAUUGUCUUGCUAGAAUUUGUAAUGAAGACCUGGCACUUAUCCUUUACAAAGAAAUGAUUCCACUUUACACCUGCUCUAAAGCAUUAAUUAGAAGAAAGAUUUGCAUCCUUACUUUUAAGAUGUUCUAUUUCUGCACUGACUCUAUCUCAGAGCUUUUGCCAUACCUUAGUGAUAGAUUAAAAGAUUCAAAGACAGGAGUUCAGAUUUCAGCUUUUGUGGAGUUCUUACCUACUGAGCCAAGACUUUUUGGAAAGCUUAAGCCAAAAUUCAGAGAUCUGCUUGUAGAUUAAAAAGCAAAGAGUGUGGAGUAUGAACUCAUAAAAGCUGUUAUUUCUAGUUUCAAAGGUUAAGAAGAUGCAGAACUUGUUAUGCUAGCUAAGGAUAAGCUAACUAACUUCCUAAAUUCCAAAGACCCAAAUUUGAAAUAUCUUGGACUGCUAAUAUUGAAGGAAAUUCUAGAAAAAGAUAAAUCUCAAAUACAAGCUUACAAACAAUACAUAGUGUAGUGUUUUAAUUCAGAUGAUCCAUCAAUAAAAAAUAGAGCUCUUGAAAUCAUCAAAGUUACAAUAUAUGCACCAAUCAUCAUUACUCAUGCAUCAAUGACUUUGAAUGGCUAAGCUGCAAAGAUAUCAGAUAUUUUGAUUGACAUUUCAAUGAGAGUAGAGGAGAAUAGAUAAAAUCAUAUUAUUACCAAAUGUUAAGACUCAGUUAAUGAUCAAGAAAAUAUUAAGGAUUUUUUCAAGCAAUAAGGCUAGGAUAGCUAAUUUGUUCAAUCAAUGCUUUAUCUGCUUACAGAAUAUAUUGAGGAAUUAAAACUUAAUGACAAUGAUAAAUAUGCUCUUUGCUAAAAGUUGACUGACAAUAAUUAGUCUAAAUUGUUGAAUAAAUCUUAAAACAUUCGAAUUCAGAUAGCUAAUUUGCUUUUGAAGUGCUAAUUAAAAUGCUCAGACUAAUAAAAAUACGAUUAUUAGGCACUUUUAGUAAAGCUUAAACCAACUGGAUUUGAUCAUCUAGAACUCAUUGAAGUUGAAAAUUUAUAUAAAAACAUAGCUAGUUUGAAAUUAUGUUGCUAAAAAUCUGAUUAAUUAGACAUUUUGAAAGAGCUUUUAGAUGAAGAAUUGACUCCUAUCAAUGAGAUGGCUUAGUUUUCAGUUCCUAUUCCAGACUGCUUGAAUAAAAAAUUCAUGGUCAACAAGAAAGAAAUGCAAAUUCAGGAAAAAUGGAUGAUAGGCACUCCAAACUUAUCAAGACAAAAAACUCGAGAUUAAGACUUUAAUGAGAGUCCUUCAUUAAAAGAGAAAAAGCUGACUCCAUCUAUGAUGCUAGAAAAUUGUUUUGAAGAGUCUAAAUUGAACACACAUAAUUGA